CAGCACUGAAGCAGUGGUAUGGUUUCUUCGACUAUGCCUACCCUGGCUAUACGUUUGGUGACUUUGCUAAUCCAUACUCUGGGUAUGAUCCCUUUGUGUAUGGGUACUAUGGAUACGACUACCAGAACACUGCAGCUGCUGCUGCCAGUUACGAUGGUACAUGUUACUAUUCGUUAUCGGUUUCUGGAUACAUUACUGUAUGUUGCAACCACAUUCUUUUUCCCAGGAGCAUAUCCGCCAAAUCUAUCUUCCAAUCAGUUCAGAGGAACCAAGAGUAACCCAGGCCAGCAGCGUGGAUCCAAUGUCGGCGCGGGAGGUAAUAAUCGCCUUAUGCCCCCUGCUGGCAACCCGGGUGGUCCAAUGUCCAAUCAUCAUACGCAACAGACCCCAUCACAUUCGAAUCUGAACUAUAACCUUAUGAAUCAUCCGGUUCUGGAUCACCAUCCUUCUUCCCUAUCCUCCGGCGGUGCUUUUGACUUUGGCGCUCCUCAUAUUCCCCAAGCAACACCAGCAGGAAUGGUGGCCAGUGCGGCGACCGGUUAUCCACACCCCUAGUGAUUUCGCUUUCAUCAGACUUUUUUGUUCAUCUGGACACUGGUGAAUGCAGCGGUCUCCCUGGGCCUUGAUCGCAUUGCGGGAACGGGGAUUGUUUCCUCAUUUUCCCAGUUGGUGCAGGCUCUUCAAGUUGGAUUCGCCCUCACCCAUCUCCAAGCUUUCAGAAUUUUACUUGUGUCGCUUGUGGUCAGCUUCUCUAUGGAGGACAAGGUCCUCUAUUCUGGUGCCUAUAGUCUUUAUACUAUUAAUAUUAUUACAGCUCAGUUGCUGAUGUCGCCCCCUUUCCAGCCCACGAGUUUGUGACCACUCAUUCGCCACACUCUUUAGCCAAAUCGAUACUCCCCGACCUGAUUCUUUGUUUUUUUUUUCCGUUGCUGCUUUCUGACAAUCACGGCUGGUGGGGCCGCGGUCCGACGUACGCGUCACCUUUGACCGAUUCCCAGCACAUUGUGAUCUUAUCCAUUCGCUGUGGUUCAGUCUAUAUCUUGUGUGGGGCGUCGCCUCUCCUCUCAUUUCGUGAUCACUCGCUUGUACCGUAGGGGGGAUUGUGGUCUCAUCUCCCCCUUGUGUCUACACUUACAGGUGAACUGUACAGAUAACUGAGUCGUUGCUAUUAGCGACUCUUACAUGUUCCAAUUGCCCUGGGGGACAUUAUUAUGAAAUUUCGAUAGGCCCCUAUUUUCACCAUACGCUUACACAGUCAUGUUUUCAUCUUUGUACAGACAUCGAAACCACACAAACACAAUCCAAGGUUUUUAUUGGGUUGCACAGCUGUCAAAUGUUUUUGCCCAGCGUUCGUCAUUGUCGGUCUGCCUUUUGGACUAUCAUCUGACUCUUGUCACGUGUCACCCCAUCCGUUGUUAUUGUGUUUAAACAGAGCAGAGAUGACCCGACUUCCAUCGUUUUGGUAGGAUGUAAACACUUGGACAGGUGCGUAUUUGCUACGGCUUCUACAAUAUAGCGUCGUUGUUCCGCUUGGUCUCACUGCUGAUUUGUUGCCUUAGCUUUUCCUUGUUUUAUCGUUGUUAUUACAAUUAUCACUGCUCUUAUUAUUAUUAUCAUUGUUAUUCUCUGAGACUAUGCGCGAUGCUUUGUCUCUAUUUUUCUAGGGACCCGUUCAUACACGAAAACACAUUCACCUGCAUCUGUGUCCAGAACUAUUGUCUAUUUUGAGUUUUCUCAUCGCUUUUUCCAUCUGAAAAUUCCCCCACUGCUACAAGCAGCACAACCACACGUGCGCUUCUUCCCCUCCCCUUCCUCACGUCGCCCACGUCUUCUUGUUUAUAACGCUAGACUUCUUGGUGGUUUUCGCCUGUCGGCAAACACCAAAUACCCGCCGUCACUCGUUUUUCCUAAACUUCCUUCAUUGACUCGCCCUAUCUCACAACCGCCUGUCCCUCGCCUCAAACGCACCCGGAUAUAUUUGUUCGUCGCCUUUAAUAAUCGCUUUUCCCCACAACGGACAUCCCUAAACAAUCUGCGUGUUCUACGAACCUGAUCACAUCUUGCUGGAGAAUGCUCCAGCGUAAGUAGCGCGAGUGAUCAUCGUCGUCAGUAAUAUGCUCACAGUAAAUACUGGUGCAUGACUGUUGUACAGCCAUGGGAAGAGACCGGAUUUCAGAUGGAGGACGACAAAAUAAGCUGUGCUGCGCCGCCCACAUUCUUGUAAAGUAUGUAGCGUGGUCCCUCCCGAAUAAGGACUUGCCUUUCUAAAACGUCCAGUCCUCACUCCUGCCUACUUUUGUGUUGGGUGGGUGCGCGAAGUACCAAAGCCUUGUCCAAAGGAAGAGUGUCUC